CCUCUCUCUGCGCAGGGCUGAAGCACUUCCUGGUGUUUCCAGAGCCGCCUUUUAAGGGGGUCGCAGCUCCGCUGGGGGUGGCGGGUCCCUUCCAGCUCUGGAGAUGAGCCGCCUGCACCGCCGCCUGGGAUCCCCUUCUGGAGCCCUGGCCACUUCUGUUUUUUUCAUUCAAUAACUGGUACCUUUAGGCAUCUUUAAAUCAUUUGGAAUAUGGCAGAAGCACUGUUGAUUGAUCUACUUGGCCUAGAAAUGAAUUCACAGGAUAGCAGCUUUCAAAAAUUACUGCAUAACAUGCUAGAAGCUGUUGAAAAACACUAUUCAGUCAGUGCCCCAUCUGUUUACAUAAUGUGCUGCCAAACUCAGCAAAGUGGAAGGAAUGGUGUGCAAGAUUGGUUACUUAAAGCAAUGAGUAGCUCUCAAAUUCUGAAGAGAAGUUUUGAGAUUAUCUGCACGGCAAAUACAACCGCUGCUUUGUACACAAUUAAACAAAAACUUGAUGAAAAGGACCUAAGCAUCAUUAAAAUAAUUUUACCAGCACAAAGGAAAGCCUUAAUGAGAGUAUUUAUAGACCACCUAUUCACAUCUGUCUAUCAUUUUGAAUUUGAAGAAUUAUGGGUAGACUGUGAACCCAACCACCUUCAAGAAGCUGAAACACAGAAUGAAGUGCAAAUGCUCCCUGCGCAAGACACAGAACUCAUCGUGAAUGAGAUUCAGACGUACCUAGAAAGGCUGCCAAGCCUGAAAGGGGAGCUCACCAUUCUCAAAUCUGCCUUGAUCCCAGGUGACAUCUUCCUUCAUGGGUUCACCACACGGGCAGGUGGCAUCUCCUAUAUACCAACACUUAGCUCCUUCAAUCUGUUCAGCAAUCCCAUACGGAGAGAUCCAAAAAUUGUGGUCAGAGAAAACCUACGCAGGUUAGCCAACGCUGCAGGCUUUGACCCAAAGACAUAUCACAGUGUGAAGGUCAACCAUGCCAAUGAUGUUUGGAUAAUGGGAAAGACUGAACCUAAGAGUUACGAUGGAAUAACAACAAACCAGAGAGGUGUUACAAUAGCAGCUCCAGGUGCUGACUGCAUACCUGUGCUUUUUGCUGAUCCUGUCAAAAAAGCCUGUGGUGCUGCACAUUCAGGAUGGAGAGGUACUUUAAUGGGAGUUGCUAUGGCUACAGUAAGUGCUAUGAUUGAAGAAUAUGGAUGCAAUGUACGGGAUAUACUUGUGGUGCUAGGCCCAUCAGUUGGGGCUUGUUGCUAUACCCUUCCUCAGGAGUCAGCAAAGGAAUUUCACCAAAUUGAUCCAAAGUGUGUAAGAUCGUUUGACUCUCCAACUCCUUACGUUGAUAUUAGAAGAGCAACACGAGCUCUUUUGGAGAGCGGAGGGAUUCUGCCUCAGAACAUACAGGACGAUUCCAUCGCUGACCAGAACCAAAACAUCACUUUCUGUACAGCCUGCCACCCUGAUAAGUUUUACUCUCAUGUUCGUGAUGGCAGUAACUUUGGGACCCAGAUUGGUUUCAUAUCGAUCAGAAACUGAGGCAGUAUGGCUUAUUCUUGGGUAGUAACUGGGCUGUAUCUCUCAGGACAUCUUGCUCUGCUGAUGGUAGACCCUUGUCCUCCCCUCCAUGUGAUGUGAUCUGAAGAAGGAUGGAUUUACCACAGCUCUUGGGAUUCUGCUGCUUCCCUGCACUGUUCCUCUGGGAAGAGAGACCAGCCGCAGAAUAAAAUGGAGCCACAAGCUCUUAUGAAAACCACGGACCAGUAAGGACAAUGCCAUUCAAAACUGUGUGUCCAAGGCUCACAUGGGUCCUGUUGACCAACUCCCAUUUCCAUAUGCUCAGGUAUCCAUUACAGUGUGGUAAACCUCUGAAGUGAGUUAUUGCUACUCCAGACCAACUGCUUUCAGUGUAAGCUGCAUCCUAGAUUUCUGGCUUGAAAACAGCAUGCUUCAUAAAACUGUUUCUUUAACUCUUCUUCCUGGCCAUGCUUUAUGGAGCUAAGCUCACACACUGCAACCACUGAUGCUUACACUGGGAAGCUAUUUUCAUGUCCCAUGUUUUGUUCUUUCUACCCUCACUGAUUCCAGAGGCCAUCAUAUACUACUUGGUACCUAGUAAUUGAACUACUAUCAACAGGUUGGUAAAGAACAGUGCCAGCAGCGUAAAUAAUAAACCAUUUUAAAAGACUGGGAAUUGGAGAAGAGCAAGAAAUUAGAAUGGGAUGUUUCUUUUCCUAUCUGACAUACUUCUGGAACCUUUCUAUCCAUUAUGUGCUGUGUGGAUUGAAAUGCUUGGGCUCAUUUUGUUUGCCAGAGAUGUAACUAGAAAUGCUCACUAAUCAAAGUUUGUUUUGUUUUGU